AUGGAAAAGGUAGCUCCUCCUCUUCUUCCUCUUCCUCUUCCUCAUCCAUUUUACGAUUCAUCAAAUAACAAAAAACGCGAUCUAUCAUACGACGUCGUUCACCUACCAAACGACAAUUGGAACCCUAAAGAAUGGAAUUGGGACAGUGUUCGAUUCAUGGCCAAAUCCACCGUCUCUCAACAACAACAGCAACAACCGGAAGAAACUCUCAAAUUGAAUCUCGCCGGUGGUGGUUUUUCCGGCGGAGGUCUUACAAAUAGAGCUAGCAAAAGAGUACGUUCAGGAUCUCCAUCUGGAACGGCGUCGUAUCCGAUGUGUCAGGUUGAUAACUGUAAAGAAGAUCUAUCGAAAGCGAAGGAUUAUCAUCGGAGACAUAAAGUGUGUGAAGCUCAUAGUAAAGCUUCGAAAGCGUUGCUUGGGAAUCAAAUGCAACGGUUUUGUCAACAGUGUAGUAGGUUUCAUCCUUUGUUGGAGUUUGACGAAGGGAAACGAAGCUGUCGUCGGAGACUUGCGGGACAUAAUCGUCGCCGGAGAAAGACGCAGCCGGAUGAGGUCGCUUCUCCUCCGUUGAAUCAGCAUGUUGCGGCGGCUGCUAAUUUGGAAAUCUUUAACUUGUUGACUGCUAUUGCUGAUGUUUCGCAAGGAAAAUCUGAAGAAAGAAGGUCACAAGUUCCCGAUAAAGAGCAUCUUGCGCAGAUUCUGAAUAGGAUCCCAUUACCUGCUGAUCUUACCGCAAAGUUGCUAGAUGUUGGUAAUAACUUGAAUGGGAAAAAUGGUAAUGUGCAAAUACAAACUUCAUCAUUCUAUCAUCAUCGUGAUGGUCAACCUAAUAAUGGCCCCUCGGCUCCAUUAACGAUGGACUUUCUUGGCGUACUUUCCACCACUCCAUCGGCGCCUGAUCAAAAUGCCAUUUCGUUACACUCUCAAAAUGGUGGCAACAAGUCCACGACCAGUGCUGAUCAGAUUAGAGAACAACAAUUCACUUCAGUUGGUGGAGAAAGAAGUAGUGGCAGUUCCCAGUCUCCAAAUGAUGAUUCAGAUUGCCAGGAGGAUGUUCGAGUGAAUUUGCCACUGCAACUUUUUAGCUCCUCUCCAGAAGAUGACUUCCAAUCAAAAUUGCCAUCUUCGCGAAAGUAUUUCUCAUCAGAAAGCAGUAACCCUGUGGAUGAGAGGUCGCCGUCGUCAUCUCCUCCUGUUGCGGAGAUGAAUUUUGGUUUGCAAAGUGGGAUUAGAGGUGUCAAUCCUAAUAGCAAUUCAACUGGAAUAGGAGUCGAUGCAAAUAAGGAAACCAGCCAAAGUCAUAGUUGUACUACUAUUGCUUUUGAUCUCUUUAAAGGGUCAAAAUCAAAUAACAUUAUCCAACAAGCUAGUUCAGUUCAGAGUGUUCCAUUUAAAGCUGGUUAUGCAUCUUCAGGCUCUGAUUAUUCACCUCCCAGUUUGAGUUCAGAUACUCAGGAUCGUACUGGGAGAAUAAUGUUUAAAUUAUUUGACAAGCAUCCUAGCCAUUUCCCAGGAACAUUGCGCACACAGAUUUACAAUUGGCUUUCUACCCGUCCAUCAGACUUGGAGAGUUACAUAAGGCCCGGCUGCGUCGUCCUAUCAAUUUAUGCCACAAUGUCUUCUGCUGCCUGGACGCAACUAGAAGAAAACUUCCUCCAACGUGUUCAUUCUUUAAUUCAUAACCCAGAUUCUGAUUUCUGGAGAAAUGGAAGAUUUCUUGUUUAUUCUGGCAGUCAGUUAGCAUCAUACAAAGAUGGAAAGAUACGCAUGUGCAAACCAUGGGGAACAUGGAGGUCUCCAGAGUUGACGUCAGUGUCCCCUUUGGUGAUUGUUAGUGGACAAGAAACCUCUAUGUCAUUGAAGGGAAGAAACCUGUCUGCUUCUGGCACAAAGAUUCAUUGCACUGGCGCUGACUGUUACACGUCAUCAGAAGUUAUAGGAUCUGGUAUGGUCUAUGAUGAGAUAAAAUUGAGUGGUUUUAAAGUUCAGAAUGCAUCUCCUGGUGUUCUAGGUCGCUGUUUCAUUGAGGUUGAAAAUGGUUUCAAGGGCAACUGUUUUCCAGUGAUAAUAGCCGAUGCAUCCAUUUGCAAGGAAUUGAGACCGCUUGAGUCUGAAUUUGACGAGGAGGAAAAAAUAUGUGAUGCCAUUUCGGAGGAGCAUGAAUAUCAUUUUGGGAGGCCCAAGUCAAGGGAUGAGGCUUUGCACUUUCUGAAUGAGCUUGGAUGGCUGUUUCAAAGGGAAAGGUUGUCGAAUGUGCACGAGGUUCCAGAUUUUUCACUCGAGAGGUUCAAAUUUGUACUGACGUUUUCUGUGGAGAGAAACUGUUGCGUGAUAGUCAAAACCCUUUUGGAUAUGUUGGUUGAUAAACACUUCAAAGGAGAACAGUUGUCAACAGGCUCAAUGGAAAUGCUAAAAGCAAUCCAACUCCUAAAUAGAGCAGUGAAAAGAAAGUACAUCAGCAUGGUUGAUUUACUUGUCCAUUAUUCUAUACCUAGCAAAAAUGACACAUCCAAGAAAUAUGUAUUUCCACCAAAUCUUGAGGGACCUGGUGGUAUUACUCCCUUGCAUUUGGCAGCAUCUACACUGGAUUCUGAGGGUGUAAUUGACUCUUUAACAAAUGAUCCACAAGAGCUUGGCCUGAAAUGCUGGGAGACCCUUGUGGAUGAAAAUGGGCAGACUCCACAUGCAUACGCUGCGAUGAGAAAUAAUCAGUCUUACAAUAUGAUGGUUGCCCGGAAACUUUCUAAUAGACAAAGAAGUGAAGUUGCAGUUAAAAUUGACAAUGAGAUAGAGCACCAAUCACUGGGAAUUGAGCUUAUGCAAAAGCAAAUUAACCAAGUCAAACGGGUUGGGAACAACUCUUGUUCCAAGUGUGCAAUUGCCGAUGUUCGCUUCAAGAGAAGAUUUUCAGGUUCACGGAACUGGCUUCAUGGUCCCUUUAUUCAUUCAAUGCUAGCUGUUGCUGCUGUUUGUGUAUGUGUUUGUGUGUUAUUCCGCGGAACCCCUUUUGUAGGCUCAGUUUCUCCCUUCAGGUGGGAAAACUUGGAUUUUGGCACAAUUUAA